UAAAAAAUUAAAAAUAAACAUACUUUUUUAAAACAUAUUACAUAUAACGUUAUAACGUAUAUAUUUAAAAAAAAAUGAUUCUUUUUUCCCAUACGAAAGUGCGAAAUACCGUAAUAAUUCGAGCUAAUUGCGCUAACCUGUGGCUAACUACCCUUUUAAGCUAAGCUCACAGAUUUUUUUUCAUUUUGGCACAGUGGCCUAUCUGGUCAACCGUACCAUUGGUGGUUAAGUCUUUCUCAUACGGAUUUACACCUUGGCCUUCCCCAAAUAUAGCAUUUCCCGUAAAGUAGGAGCUGAUCAACCAAUCCUAGCCCAACCCUUUGGAACGGAAUGUCUCAAGUUGUGCCUCCAACUGUGCGACCGCUGGCGUAACUUGAUUCGCACCAUCCUCUGUAGGCCGCUUGACGUAUAUUCAUUGAUCCGUGAUAUCCUCAUUGUAAAGUUUUUAUAUAAAUGUUCUCUCUGUUCCUCUGAUCCGAGUGUAGCAUCGCUUUGAAAGAUCGCCGGUUCGAAACCUGGCGCUUAGCGGGUCCUGAUCCUUGAAACAACGUGUAAAGAAAACUGCCGAGAUCAUCGUUUAAAUCUCGGGAUUGCUUACAUAUAUCAACUACCGCGCCGCUCCUCCUCUAGUACCCAUGUAGGUCCCACGGCCAUGUUAAAAGGACUUCCCGCCAACCUGAGGGGCGCCGUGCUAGUGGCUCCCUGGGUCCUUUACCUUGCGGUCUGCGAUGUGGUGCUAUCUCUACUACUGGUAGUGAAGAUAUUCGCGCCGGAUUUUGUCUACAGCGCGUCAUGCCGCAUUGCAUACUCCGUGUGGAAGUGGAUCCAGUUUAUCUUUGAGAGUUGCAACGGUGCUCGGAUCACUAUCUCAGGAGACCGGUUGCCCACGAAGGAGUCGGCUGUUGUCGUCUCGAAUCAUGUUACGUGGGCCGACUUUUACCUGAUCCAAAGCUUGGCCCUGCGAUCGGGAAUGCUGGGGCAAUGCCGAUGGUUUGCGAAGAUCCAGCUGCGCUGGGUCCCCUUUCUCGGCUGGGGCCUCUGGGCCAUGGGCAUGCCGAUGGUGACCCGGAAUUGGAUGCGAGACCAGCGUGAGCUACAGCGCGUCUUCGGUGGUAUCGUACGUAGGAGAUGGCCGAUGUGGCUGAUAAGUUUCAGCGAGGCAACACGAUUUACACCCAAGAAGUAUAAUGAAUCUAUUGUUUGGUGCAAACAGAAUAGUCGCCCGCAGCCCUUGCAUUUACUAUAUCCCCGUACUAAGGGGUUUGUCACAACCGUGCAGCAGUUGAGAGCAGCACCUCAUGUCAAGGCAGUGUAUGACUUUACUAUUGCGUAUCAGCACAAAGAUAAGUUUCAUGUGGCCCCGAAUAUGUGGGAAACUCUUAAGCUCCCGGACCUUAGUGGUUCUCGAGGAUAUAAAUUCCACAUUCAUAUACGGCGAUUCCCUCUCGAAGACCUCCCCUAUACGGACGAAGAACUAGCAAAGUGGUUGGAGCAGAGAUGGGUUGAGAAAGGGGAAUGGCUAGAUGCCUUGAAGACUGAAUGGGCCUCUCAGUAGAGAGAAACAUGUGAAUUUGGUAGUAGUUUAAGGUCACGCUUUUAAUAUUAGAAUAUUCGAGCUGCGUUAGAGAAAGCAAAGCCUUUAACAUCAAGUCUUGGCGGCGUUCACCGAUUACCC